AUGUUUUUCCUCAAAGAAGAGACCAAGGUGCUCAAGCUGCACCCGUCCUAUUUUGGACCCAAUAUGCGGGAGUUUCUUAUUGCCCGUCUCAACGAGGAAGAGGAGGGUCGAUGUACGGGCGACCACUUCGUGAUUUGUGUGAUGGAUAUGGUGGAUAUUGGCGAGGGACGAGUGAUUCCGUCAGACGGACAGGCAGAGUACACGAUUAAGUAUCGAGCGAUUAUCUGGAAGCCAUUCCGUGGCGAGACAGUUGAUGCUAUCGUUACUUCCGUAAAGCCUACUGGCAUCUUCACGUUGGCCGGCCCAUUAUCAGUCUUCAUUGCGCGAAAAAACAUCCCGUCCGAUAUCAAAUGGGAGCCGAAUACCGUGCCCCCCCAGUACACCGAUCACGCGGACCAGGUGAUCGAGAAAGGAACUAGCCUGCGUCUCAAAAUCCUUGGUGUCAAGCCCGACGUGGCUGCCAUCAAUGCCAUUGGCACGAUCAAGGAGGAUUAUCUUGGGUAA